UUCACCAGAUACAACAGGAACAUCAGGAGACUUUCAUCUCUAACUCUUAUUUUACUCAGAUCCUCUUUGAAUUUAACAUUUUUAGAGUUUUUUCUCCCACCACAGCUCAUGUCUUAGAGCUCAGGUGGGGGUUAUUUUGUUUAACUUAAACUAGUCUGAUGAGCUGACUGAUGAACAGAGAACAAAAUGAAAAAAACUAAACUAAAACACACAAUUUGGUUGUAAACAGCUGAUAGCUAAGAAAGAUGGACCUGGUCAUAAUUCAUUGUUUUUUUCAGUUUUUGUGUUUUCAUCUGUCUGCAGCUGCAAGCCUCAUUACAGCAGACUUAUUUGAAGCUAGAGGCCAACGGGUGUGCAAGGCAGGAAAAGGCAGGCCGUGUUACAAGCUGGCCUAUUUCUCGGAGCUCCGUUGGAAACUGAACUUUGCGGAGGCGGAGCUGGCCUGCAGGCGAGACGGGGGGCGGCUGCUGAGCAUCGAGUCUGAGUCUGAGCAGAAGGUCAUAGAGCAGCUCAUCACAGAGCUCCGCCCAUCAGAUGGAGACUUCUGGUUAGGACUCCGACGUAACCAUGGAGACGAGGACAGCAGCUCUGACUGUUCCUUUCAGUACUACUGGCUGGAUGGCAGCACGUCUACAUUCAGGAACUGGCACCUGGAUGAGCCGUCGUGUGGCUAUGAAGUAUGUGUGGUUAUGUACCACCAACCGUCUGCUCCCCCAGGACAAGGAGGACUCUACAUGUUUCAGUGGAACGACGACAACUGUGAAACCAAGAACAACUUUAUCUGCAAAUACACUACAGAGACACUACUGGACCCCACUCUGUCUCCAAACUCCACUCAAACAGACGCCUUCUUCCCAUCUGUGCAGCCAUGGGGUCCAAGUGAUCACAACAGAAGCACAGUGGUAAAUUUAGUUUAUGUGAUCAUUCCCACAAUCCCACUCAUCCUGCUGCUGCUGACAGCGAUGGGAGUUUGCUGCUUCAAGCUGCUACUCAGGCGAAAGAGGAAACAACACAAAUCAGAAGUAUGUCAGACAGAACCUGGAAUUGGCCCCAGUCCAACUACACCAGACGUCUACAAUGUCAUUCGCUCUCAGAAGGAUGACGACCUGGUCUCAGCUCGGCCUCACACCAAAAACACCUCCUUUUUAUGCUCUUCCCCCGACACGCCAACAGGUGACUAUGACAACCUGGGAGGUCGGGACACAGAGAGUGGCUUUGUGACGCUGGCGAGCACAGAGAGUGACUUCCUAAACUUUGAUCUUGGCGAGCUUAGCUUCGGGCGUCGUGGGACCCAUGACUUCUAUGACGGCAGCUUGGGUUGUCCAGGAAAGAGAGCGCUGAACGAUAACAGUCUCGGUCGUCCAGGAAAGCGAGAGUCGAAUGACGGCAGUCUUGGUCGUCCAGGAACGCGAGAGCUGAACGACAGCAGUCUCUGUCGUCCAGGAACGCGAGAGUCAAAUGACGGUAGUCUUGGUCGUCCAGGAACGCGAGAGUCGAAUUACGGCAGUCUCUGUCGCCCAGGAAAGCGAGAGCUGAAUGACAGCAGUCUCGGUCGCAGUGGAAACAGAGAGUUUUAUGACAGAAGCAUGGGCUGUCGCACCACUAAGAGUGAGCACUACAGCAGCAGCUUGUACACAGACCACGGUCUAUACGACAGCAGCUUCCGACCAGGAAGUGACCUGUAUGAUGGCAAGCUAAAACCUGGAGGUCAAACAGGAAUGGUUGACCUCUACCAGACUUACGUCACCAGCGGGAAGCACAAGACAUUUCACACUACCCUGGGAACACAGCGAAAAUCCUUCCACACAAAUCUGGACUGCUACAAAAAUGGGCUGAACCUGGAUUCUGGAAGGAGGUAUUUUAACGAGCAGGACUGGAUAAACAGAGAAAGUUACUGAUCUUCCUUCAUGACUCACAGUGCAUGUCUUAAUGUUUGUGAGAUUUUCCAUGAGAAGUGUGAGAAUGUGAAACAUCUUAAAGGUGCAUGAAGUAAAAAUGAAAUCCUGUGGUCAAAUCUGGGCACUGCAGUCCAUGUAUCAAAAGCAACUGUUGCCAGUCACAGCGCAGCACAAUGAGCAAAGACGAGUCAUACCCAGUAAGUUGGUAAGAAGGUAAAUACACUUCACUCUAAUAUUGAGUUGUUGGCAAUUGAAAAUGCAGUUUGAGAAAUUUUAGAGUCGAUUAUUUUUUACUAAGUGACCGUAAGCAUUGUUAGCUCAACGUUAGCUUGUUAUUGUUGUUAAAUAUUAGAGUAAAGCAAAAAGGUGCAGUGGUUUCUUAGGGGUAAAAUAACUUCUGAGCCUUUUUCUGGCCAACAUUGUUUUCACAAUGCCGUUGUCAAAUUACAAUUGCCAGUGCAGACUUGGCAACCCCGUAGUUUCACAUACGAUUGGUUCUGGAACAAGGAGGUAUGGAGGUGGGACAUAUUGUAAAAGAUUGUGUCCCUCGUCUGCCUCUUUAAAAGGAGAAAAACUGACCACACAGUUGGCUGAGAAGGAAAUCUGUUCCAAUAGCCCUUUUGAGAGGACACCAUGCCAGCAAAUCACACGGUGUGUGGCAGCAUGGCAAUGCGGGAAUUUUGCAGCAUUCGUGCCGCCACCCUUGGUAGUAAUAUUGCCGCAACACCGGACUUGUGAAUCAGUGGCGGCUCCAGAAUUUUCUUUUUCUGCAUGUGCUAUGAAGGAGCUAGUCUUUUAAUUGAGGGUGCUUUGAAGGAAGUGGUCAUGUGUACCUAUUGUUCUCUAAAACACCUUGAACACUAGCAGAUACGCAUGCGUGCACAAAACCUCAACAUCACCUGAAACAAUCAUUAAUGUACAUCAUAAACAAAUGAACAAUCUCUUUUCCAUGAAAUCAUAAACACAUACAGCCACACAGAAAACCAUCUAUAGUGUUGCAAGGUUAGCUAACGUUAGUGUUAGCAUUUCCAGCAGCUAAACCCUCGACUGCUGUGGCGGUUGAGGGUUGACUCUCUUCAUCCAGAUCCGUAGGUUUUUGUGGGUCUGAGACCACUUCCAAAGAUGCAUUCGUUUCUGACUGAACCCGUGGAAAUGUGGGCAACAAAAACCCGAUCCAUUUUACCACUUGCUCUACCUUUCACUCGUUCGCAGGUGGAAAAUGAGGUCAAAGGUUAACAUCAAUUUCCUGUUUUGAUGUAAGUUUUUACUAUCUAUAUGAUAAUUUACUGAUUAUUUUUGUUUUGUAUGUUAAAUAUUAUCACAUCCACAUGUUAAAUUAAAAUUAAAUUGUAAAAAAAAAAAAAUCUAAUAUUUACUUGGGGGUGCUAUGGGGAUGCAAUGACUAAUCCAGGGGUAUCUAUAGCAUCCCCUAGCGCCCCCCUGGCGCCGCCACUGUUGUGAAUACAUAUUACACCUUGGUGCAACAGAGGGUGUUGUUAAUUCUGAGCUCUGGCAGGAAACUUCAUUAAAAACUUUUCAUAAAAAUGAAAGUAAACAUGGGCAAUAUGUUUCGCUUUUUGAACAGCAUCAGCUUAGAUGAUAAACUAGAGUGAUGCAGAGCUCUGCAAGCUUCUCUCCAUUAGAGAUGGAGGUCAGAUCACAGUUUACAUGGACUGUGGAGGACAGACAUCUUUAGGAGCAGCUUGUGAAAAAACCUAAUGAGCGCAGCUUUGAUAGCAAUAAAAAGCAUGCUAUGCCCAAGUUAAACGGAAGUCCGCUGCAGCGCAGAGACCUCCCCAUACCACCUUUAUAAUGUCACUGUGUAAUUUUUGUAAAAAGGACAUGAUAUGCACCACAUUAGCACCAUGGUUUGACCACUUAGAAACGACCUAUGGCUCCCAGAUGCCAGCUCAGCCUUGUGGCAAGUUGGCAGCGUUGUUUUCAAAAAGGGGCUAAUAUAACCUUCCUUCCGAGACAUUAGACCAUUUUGUGAUUAUUUCACUGUAAAAUUCUUACUUUGAGAGUUGGUGAUUUUUUUUUCUUUCUUUCUUUGCAAUUGUGUGUCUCCAGCAAGUCACCAACAGCUGCAGCCCAGUGAGACACUGGAUAGGAUUAAAUGAGCCCAAGGCUUCAUAAAGUGCUGCUGCUCCACCUCAGGGCCAGACAAGGGCUUGCUUCAGUUUGGACCAAUAGUUAUUUUAAAACGUCUCAGUAUCAAAGCCACUUUGUUUUCUGAUGUUUCAAUGGUUUAAAUAAAUCCAAAAGAUGGCACUAAAAUUAUUUAGUGGAAAUAUAAUUACUUAGUAGAAAUAUUCCUGCUGGUUGCAUGAACCAUGAAAUUUAGGGGAUUGUUAGAAGAUAGCUGCACUCAGACUAGCUGUUAGCUUAUCACUCCUAAAGAAUGUAAACUGUUUCUCAGCGUAGAGGCUGUUCUACUAUGUAGCAAAUGUUAAAGGGGUUGCUUUUCAUUUUUUAUGUAAAACAAAAUGCUAAAAUGCAUUUAGGAUUCAGUUUAAAUUGUUUUUGGUCUGUGUAUUCUCCGUCUUUGCACCCUAGUUCAGUGAUUAGUGAUAUUCACUCUUUUCUGAGACUACUUUCAGGUUAUUCUAGAUUCAGGUCUCUAAAGAAACCCUGUGGAUUACUGAGAUUCAGAAUGUUCAUUGCAUGGCAGGUUGAGACAGGGAUAUUAAAGAUUAAUAUCUUUACAGCCAAGAAAAUCUAAUCAAAACUCUGUAAUGCAUCUUCUUGUGGGUCCAGAUGGAGCUACGGAGGACCGAAUAAAAUGCUUCAAUCGAUUUGAUGUCAUUUGGAUAAAAGAGAAUAAUAGAAGACAGAGAUUGAAGAUCAUGGAGUUAGAAUCUGUGGCUCCUUAAUCCAUCCAGGGCUACACGCCACUCUAGGAUCACAAAUAUGAAGCUGUUACAGUUGAAUAACAUUUUGAUUAAUCUAUGCACCAGGUUUCUGAUAAAGAUGCAUGAGAAAAAGAAGCACCUGGGCCAACUGCAUGAUUUGUUAUCCUCUUUAUAACCUUUUCAUUGUUGAAUAGCAUUUUAGAAAUCAAAUUGAUUGAGCUGAAUUCCUUGUCACACAAGUGAUAGAGCCCCAAAUGUCACCAUUUCUCAGGAUUUUUACAUUUAACCUUCCCUACAACAAAAAUAUCUUUAAUUAUCACAGGCAGCUCUGAAUAAACAGCUGAUUGAUCUUAUAAAACCUCUAAAGUAGAGAGCAGACAACAGUGUGUGUGUGUGUGUGUGUGUGUGUGUGUGUGUGUGUGUGUGUGUGUGUGUGUGUGUGUGUGUGUGUGUGUGUGUGUGUCUAACAGCUUGUUUGCAUGGUCUUGUCAUGCUGUCCUUGCUCGGUCAGAUCAUUUGAGGUCAUCGGCUAAGUUUUAUGGGCCAUUCCCAUCUGUACCGGGUCGGCCCGGGCCGGGUAGCCCUAGUCGGCCCCAGCCUGGCCCGGUUGAUUCCACACAUCCUUGCCUUAAGCCCAUGUGGGCUGAUUCUACCCACCAAUCAGAGGCUUGCUCUAAUGGAAGGUGUGAAUUUGCUGUCAGCAGUGGGUGUGUUGGCCUGGUCGGCCUGAAGCAGACCCCCUCGAGAAGAGGGCUGAUAAUGAGCCUUGGUUGGCCCGGAAAAAUACCAGGCCACCCAGAUAUGUAAACAACCUACGCUACCCGGCCCGUGACGACCCGGUACAGAUGGGAAUGGCCCAAUAGUUGUUUGGAGCGACUAAACAUUUUUGAAUCUCACACGUUCAUUUAUAAUUUAGAAUAAACCAAAAUCAGCUAUUUUAUUUAAAGCCGCCUUAAACUGUAAUGAAGGCCUGUUCCUCGUCACUGUGGUUUGGUUUUCUCUUGAGGAAAUAGAAACAAAAAUGCUUGCUUCAGUGCCUGCAGCCUCUAGAUAUCGGCAUGAAUCGACAAAAGCGUUAUGUGUUCAGUCAUCUGGAUGUUUUCUGCUCUAAAGUAAAAUGAUUUGUAUGUUUGUUACACAAGAAAAAGGCUCAAAUAAAUAAAUAAAUAAAUAAAUGUUGGCAGUCAAUAAUUUUUUUAUUCAUAUUUCAAGGUAAUUUAGAGACAACCCCUUAUUUUUACUCCUUUACAGGAUGCCUUAGGGCAAAUUUUCACAGGAAUUCUUCUAUUCAGGUCAUAUUUUCAAGUACAACAUAAAAAUAAAAACACUUAUGCUGCAGACCAUUACAGGUGAAUUUAGUGCAACAUCCUGCAAAGAGCAUCCCUCAUUGAGACAAUUAUACAUAAAAACACAAAAGAAGUAAAAAAAAAAAAAAAAAAAAAGUCCAUCGGAUGGCUGCUACCUGUACACGUUUUCUCUUCACUCACAAACACAAGCCUGACAACAGCAGACGAGAGACGAACGUCUUUAAAGGGUCUGAAGUCUGAUGAUGUGAAUCACAUGCAUGCUGACACAGAGGCCAGCUGUUUAAAGAGGACGUGACAAACUUCUCUUGUCGGAUUCCGUUCUGAACGUCAGCCGU